AUGCCAACCGAACUCCUAGCCUUCCCACCAGCCUACACCGUAGUUGGCGCCUACCGACUCUGGCACGACCCGAGCAUUCGCGCCCCCGUCGUCGCGAAACUCAAGCAUGCCACCGCCCGCGGGUUAGCCGUUGGCGCAGCGUACGCCGUCUUCGGGUGGGGCGUGAUGAACUGGGUCGUCAAGAGGUUCAUGGUACGCGGGAGGGUGGGCGAACGCGUGACUGUCGGCGCGGGAAGCCUUGCGCUCACUGUGGAUCUGGUGUUGUACACCCACAUCAUGUGGCUGCUUCCCCAGCUCUCACGCCUGCUCAAGUUCUUCAUCAGGAAGAACCUCCGCAUCGCCCGUGGCCGCGCAUACAACCUCACGCUCACGUCGCGCCGCAAGCCAGCCGAGUUUUGGAGCACGAGCUACUACGAGGAGUGGGCGCAGCCGCCGCAGCCAACGCGGGAGGAGGCGAGUGCAUGGGAUUCGCGCAAGCACCGCGUCAAGUGGGUCAGCUGGAUGCUCUGGUGGCCUAGCCAGAUGGUUAUCAAGCAGUUCAUCCUCUUCCCCCUCUCGCCAACGCUGCCACUCCUAGUGCCGCUUGCUAUCGCGGGCAUGCGUGCCCUCGGCACAGCUGAAUAUCUCCACCAGCCAUACUUUCAGGGCAAGCACAUGACAUCAGACCAGAUCUGGCGCUGGAUCGAGGAGCGCAAGUGGGCCUAUCGCUCGUUCGGAUUCUGCGCGUCGCUCAUGGAGGGUAUCCCGAUUCUCGGACUUGCGUUCAGCGUCUCAAACCGCAUCGGUGCGGCCAUGUGGGCACACGACCUCGAGAAGCGCCAGCACCUUUUCGCGCACCACAUCCUGCAGCCCCUUCCUCCCUCGCAAGUGGGCAUCUUCGGCUCAGGAAACGGUCUCGAGAUCACUCCAGAGGUCGUGGAAGCCGAGAAGCGUAUCGAGGCAAAGUGGUCCUCCAGGCCCGCCUACAUCCACCCCGAGGCGGAGGAUGAUGGUAAGGACACUCCCACAUUCAGUGCAGGCCCGCCUCCCCUCCCUCCCCGACGUGACGCGCCACCAGCGUACUCUGAGACAGAGGCCUCGUCUUCCGCCCGGCCGCAACCUCCUACUCUUCCCCCGCGUCUGCCUCCACGACCCAAGGCAUAA